GUUUGGCAUUAUGAUGCUGAGUGACGCCGUGCCGCCGUCGAUGCUGUCGCCGACGUCGUCGAGCAAUGACUCGAUCGACGACGAUAUUGUCGACGUGGGAGACGGCGUGGAGUUGGCUCCCGUGCACGACGAUGUCCGCGAUGAUAUCAUCUGCGCCAUCUUCAAUCUCCCCAACUCGACCAUCUUCUACCAAGACUUUUCGUGCGCGCUGGUGUCGACCAUCGUCUACCACGGUCGCAUGUAUCCCGCCGGUGACCAAAUGUGCUUUUACUCCAACUUGUUUGGCAAAGAGACCAAACUGCUUAUCCCUUACGCGACCAUCUCGGACGUGAGCAAGACCAGCAGCAUGUUCUCCCACGGGUUGCGUAUCCAUACCGUGUCGCAAAAGGAGUACUCGUUCUCUUCCUUUUGGGGAAACAACAGGGACCACUGCGCCGCCAUCAUUGUCGCUUUGCGGCAGAAGUCUCUUGGUGUGGCGUCUCCACUCUUGUCGUUCGCUCCGUCGCCGCCUCCGGUCUCGGCCACCGCCGCUCCCUCGCCCCCAGUGGACAAUGCGCCAGCUCCACCAGCAUCUGCUUCGGCCGACCAGCCGCCUCCAUCGUCAAGCAACUCAGUUGCCACGUCGCCGCUAACUCCAGACGAGCACCAGCAUCCAUUCAUGGACGUAGCGCACGACACGUUUGCCAUCUCGAGCGACGAAUUUGUCGACUUGUUCCUUUCCGAGCGGGCGAUUUAUGGCAUCGCCGAGGCCAACCGCCGCCGCGGCGCCACGGACAUUGUGUGCGGAGAAUGGACGCCAGAUCAAGAUGGAAGGGUGUACACCCGCUCUGUCACAUUUACACAGCCUGUGGACGCCCCCAUUGGCCCAAAGAGCUCUCGAGUGGACGUGAGGCAAUCUCGAUACCACGUGAACGACACGACAAUGCACGUGGACACGACCACGAAGCUGCACGACAUUCCGUACGGCGACUGCUUCAAAGUGGACGACCGCAUGAUCAUGUCAUGGUCGACGCCGUCGUCGUGCGACGUCGUGAUGCAGCUGCGCGUGGUGUUUGUCAAGUCGACACUGUGGCGUAGUCUGAUCGAGUCCCGCGCCAAAGCCGAGUGCAAGCAGAAGAGCGUCGAGUGGCUCGAACUGGCCAAAGCCGCCGUCUCCCCCGCCGGAUUGCCAGCUUUUCCCGCGUCUCUGGACUCCGUCUCCACUGACGAGGUGGCGUCUCCCCGCACCCACAAGCGAGUCCGAGCAGCGUCUGCCACGACAUCCCCUUUCGCCAAGGACACUCGCCAACGUCUUCCCGCGGCGGAAGCGACUGGCGUGGCCGCCCUGGAGCCGCUCAAACCGACGCGCCAUCGACCGACUGGCGGACGACGGCGGCGGCUCGCGUCCAUCGGUACCAAUUGCUGUGCUUGCAUGGCACGUCUUGAAAUGCUGAAUGGACACUGACUUGUUGUAGUGAUUCCGUGGGCCGUGAUUGGGCUGCUGGUCUUGUACAUCCGGCAUAUCCACUCGGAAUUGGUUGACAUCCACGAGACGCUGCGGCACGUCGAGAAGCACCUCCACUUGCUCGCUCCUUCCCCCCCCUUGACGACGACCCCCCAGUGUCCCGUCGUGCCCCCCCCCAUGGAUUGAUCACGUUAAUAUAAAUUGUAUUCAUUUUGGAUA